CAUUAGCAGUAGGGACGCGCUUUAGACUCCGGGAACCAUUCUUCAAAAAGGGGCGUGUCAAUGUUGUAUUAAAAAAACAACAAAACCACACACUGAAUUGGAAAGCAUGGAUAUACGGUUUGAUGGUAAAAAGGCCUUAGUGACGGGGGCUGGAAAAGGUAUUGGAAGAGAUACUGUGAAACUUCUUGCAAAAUGCGGAGCUGAUGUGUAUGCACUAAGCCGUACUCAGUCUGAUCUGGAUAGCCUUAAAGCCGAGGUACCAGAAAUAAAAACAGUUUGUGUAGAUCUUAGUGAUUGGGACUCCACCAAGGUAGCCGUGGAAGGAUGUGGCCCUAUCGACUUGUUAGUAAACAAUGCAGCCAUUGCGAAGUUGGAACCAUUUCUUGAAGUGACAAAAGAGUUCUACAGUUACUAUUUAAAUAAUUAUUUCGUCAACAGAACAAUGAAUGUAAAUGUUCGGCAGCUUAUCCAGGUAUCUCAGAUUGUUGCUAGGGGAAUGGUUGAGCGUGGCUUAGGUGGCAGUAUUGUGAAUGUGUCAAGUCAAGCUUCCCUUGUUGGGUUAACAAACCACACAGUUUAUUGUGCAACAAAGGCUGCUGUUGACUCCCUGACAAAAACAAUGGCACUCGAACUGGGUCCAAAAAAUAUAAGAGUGAACUCUGUGAAUCCAACAGUAGUGAACACAGCUAUGGGUAAGAUAGGCUGGAGCAAACCAGAGAAGGCCGAGCCAAUGAAGAGGCGUAUACCCCUAGGCAGAUUUGCUGAGGUUGAAGAGGUUGUGCAUGUGAUUCUAUUUCUUCUGAGUGACAAGAGCUCAAUGAUGAAUGGCACUUGUCUGCCAAUAGAUGGCGGUAUGUCAAGCACCGGAGUGUGAUUGGAGCAGUCUUGACCAACAAGUACUGUUAGCCAUGUCUCAUGGCUUCAAUAAUAAAUUUGAAAUAAUGUGACAAUGUUUCCACGAAAACCUGGACUAAGUCACAAGUUUACAUUCGGAGAAAAUCAAUAACUAAGUUGUCGGGUCACAUAUUAUCAAGUAUGAUACUGAAAACUAAAGUUACAAAUUUGUUUACAUUUUGUAACUGUUCACUGUGCAUGCGCUCAUUCGCAAACUGUGCAACUUUUUUGCGAAUGAACUUUUUACCAAAUUAUAAAACAAAACAUUGAAAAAAUUAUAUUGAUGAUGGUGACUAUUGUGAUUCUUAUGGUGAGGCAGACAGUAAUAGUACUGAUAUUGAUGUUGGUUCUGCUUUUGGUGGCAGUGAUUAUGAUGAUAAUAGGCCUACCAUGGAAAUUGUCUGACCAUCUGACCACCCACACCAUGAAUACAGAACUUGUGCUAAGAUUUAUAGAUGUAUGGAUGAUAUUUUUUUUGGCGUAAUUUUAAUGAUUUCUUUGAGGUGCCUCUGAACAAUUUUUAUUGGAAGAGGAGCUAUAUAAAUAAGAUACAUAAUUAUUCUUAAGACAAAUUGAGGAAUCAUUAAAAAACAGAAUUAUGCAAGAUA